AUGUCGACAACAUCAGGCUUCUGUACCAGCAUCGACGACUCUUGGAGAGUCCAUGCACUGUCCUGCCGAGGAGGAUUCGACUUCACCAUGACCUUUGAAGAAAUCGUUCUCUCCAUCUUGCCCAUUGCCCUUGUUAUCCUCAUAGCUCCACUUCGGAUAUACACUCUGCUCCGCACAGGAAGUAAAGUUGAACCAUCGAAGCGGCCAAUCUUCAAAACGGCCGGAUGGCUUCUUUGGAGUGCCCUGCAAUUCCUGCAGGCGAUUCUGUGGGCAUUGCCACAUUCUAAAAAGACCCGAGCAUCGAUCGCUGCAAGCUUGUUGAUGGGUUGUGGAGCGCUGAUUCUCUGCGUCUUGUCGUACAUGGAGCAUUCCCGCAGCGUGCGUCCGGCAUUUCUGCUAGAGUUGUACCUGAUCGUCACGCUGCUCUUUGACAUCACGCGCACCAGGACCCUCUGGUUACGGGACGCCGGCGACUCUGGAAAAUUCAUAGCCAUCAUCGCCAGUUUUGCUGUCGGGGUCAAGGCCAUUUUGAUCCUGCUCGAAGGCUGGGAGAAAAGGGCAAUCCUCAAAGACAAGUACAAGAACUAUCCUCCCGAAGCGCGUGCCGGGCUUGUUAACCGGGCGUUGUUCUGGUGGCUCAACCCGUUGUUCUUCAAGGGGUUUUUUACAAUGUUACGGGUGGAAGAUCUGUACACCCUAGACAAAAGAUUAGAGUCAGCACGAUUGCGCGACUUGUUGGAUGGUCGAUGGACGAAAGGUGAGAAUCAAACCGGGAAUGCGUCCCUUGUGGGCGUCGUCUUCAAAACAUUCAAAUGUUCGAUAUUGGCCGUGGUGCCUCCCAGGCUGUGCCUGAUAGGCUUGACAUUCUGCCAGCCGCUUCUUCUCCACAAGGCGAUGGAGCUCUCUGCGGAGAAGGUGACGGUCGAGUCAACUCAUGUUGGGUACGGACUAAUUGGUGCCUACAUCUUGGUGUAUGUCGGCAUGGCGAUCAUGAUGAGCCAGCAACAACACCUGACCUACCGUGCAAUCAGCAUGGUACGGGGCGCAGUAGUAUCGCUGAUCUAUAGGAAAGCCAGCAUGCUGUCGAUCAAGGAUGCUGAUCCCGCAGCGUCCUUGACUCUGAUGAGUGCAGACAUCGAGCGAAUCGUCCAAGGAUGGCAAACAAUGCAUGAAAUCUGGGCCAACACUGCCGAGAUUGCGCUGGCCAUUGUCCUCUUGGAGAAACAACUCGGGAUCGCGUGCGCCGUACCUGUUGGCGUCUCCAUUUUUGCCCUCGUGUGUUCCUUAGUUGCCAUGUCUGGUGUAAUGGCACGGCAAGCGAAAUGGUUAGAGGCAAUCGAAAGGCGAAUCUCAUCCACAGCAGCGAUGCUUGCAUCUAUCAAGGGGGUGAAGCUGCUAGGACUGAAGCCAUCUCUCAUGAGUUCAAUCCAGAACUUACGCUUGGAGGAACUAAGUAUCUCCAAGGGCUUCCGGAAGCUCUUGGUGUGGAACAUGGCGUUUGCCUGGAUGACGCGUAUCUUCGCGCCAAUUGUCUCUUUCGCCGCGUAUGUCGCCAUAUCCGAGAACGCAGGGCGCGGAACUUCCCUCGACAUCAAUAUGGUCUACACCUCACUAUCCCUAUUCGCCCUCUUGGCGGAUCCGUUUCUGUCGCUAGUCAUGGCCUUGAUGGGUUUCCUCGGGUCUAUCGGCUCCUUCGCGCGCAUCCAAGAGUUCUUGAACAAGGAAACGCAUCACGGAAGCCCCGAAGCGUCCCGCCUGAGCACUCUGACGAGUCUGAGCGAGGGCAAGGAGCGCCAUCUAUCGAACACAUCGAGCACGUCCACACUCACCGAAAACAACAUGGCGGAAGAGUUGAAAUUCGCCAUCCCGUUCUUCGACAUCCUCCUGGUUCAGGGAGCAAGCUUUGGAUGGGACCCAAAGGCGGACCCGAUUCUGGAGGGUAUCAACCUCACUUUUCCUGGUCGGAGUUUUUCGGUCAUUGUAGGCCCCUCAGGGUCAGGUAAGUCCAUGUUGCUCAAGGGUCUGCUUGGGGAGAUUCCAUGUCUUGAGGGGAGGGUGAAACUUUCCUCGGAUAGCAUCGCGUAUUGCGAUCAAACCCCCUGGCACAUGAAUGGCACCAUUCGAGACAGCAUCACUGCCAUGUCAGAAUUCGAUCUCCUUUGGUACACGACCGUCAUCAGGGCUUGCGCGCUGGAACAGGAUCUGGCACAGUGGCCACAAGGCGAUCAGGCGGUAAUUGGUAGCCGAGGCGUCGCGCUCAGUGGUGGACAGAGUCAGAGGAUUGCACUUGCCAGGGCAAUCUAUGCUCGGAAACGCAUUCUCAUCCUUGACGAUGUGUUUAGUGGUCUGGAUGCUGCGACGGAGAACCAUAUCUUUUGCAGCUUACUCGGAGUGACCGGGCUGCUGCGAGAGGCUGGCACUACUGUGGUUCUGGCUUCUUCCUCGGUCAAGCGAGUCCCAUACGCGGAUCACAUCGUCGCCUUGGACGAGCGAGGAAGAGUGACCGAGACUGGAUCAUUCAAUGACCUAGCCGAGCAAUCCGGGUAUGUGUCGAGUUUCUCUCUCCCGGCCCCCAAUUGGGACUCCACAAGCGAGAUGGAGUUCGUUCCCAAGUCGAAGCCGUCUCGCACUGAGGUCUUACCAAUCAAGAAGGAGGAUUGGAGCGAGGAAAACGUGCACAAACAUACCGGUAGUCUUGCAACCUACCUGUUCUACAUCCGCGCAGUCGGUUGGGUUCCUACCAUGAUCUUUCUUACGACCAUUGCAGGCUUUGUGUUUUGUAUCUCCUUCCCAAGUAUUUGGCUGAAAUGGUGGGUUGCCGCGGACGCCGCAGAGCCUGGAGAGCACACACAGCAUUACGUUGGAGUCUAUUUCAUGUUGGGCGGAAUCGCUAUGAUAUGCUUGAUUGUCAGUUGCUGGGAUGUUGUCGUAACUUCAGUACCAAAAUCUGGAGAAAGAUUCCACCUAGCCCUGUUGGAGACGGUACUAAGCGCACCAAUGCGCUUUCUCUCAACGACAGAUAGUGGAUCGAUCCUCAAUCGGUUCAGCCAGGAUUUGCAGCUCAUCGAUAUGGAGCUUCCCAUCGCGGCAAUCAACGUCGUCGCCACGUUUUUCUUGUGCAUGGCGCAGAUGAUCCUCGUCGGGGUCGCGUCCGUAUACGCAGCCAUUGCAUUUCCCGUCGUUCUGGGAUCGUUAUACGUCAUUCAAAAGGUGUAUCUGCGCACAUCCAGGCAGCUUCGGUUGCUCGAGAUUGAAGCCAAGGCGCCACUUCUUUCCCACUUUACUGACUGUCUGAGCGGACUGGUUACGCUGCGAGCCUUCGGUUGGCAGGACGCGAUGGAAGAGAAGAACUUGAAAAUCCUCGACUAUUCGCAACGUCCGUUUUACUCCAUGUACUCGGCUCAGCGAUGGUUGACACUCACUCUGGAUCUCGUUGUUGCCGGUAUCGCUAUCGUCCUGAUAAACCUUGUCGUGGCGUUGAGAGGUUCGCUGAAUGCCGGGUAUGUUGGAGUUGCAUUGUUCAACGUGAUCCUCUUCAGCCAGACGGUGAAGCUUCUGGUUCAGUUCUGGACCAACAUGGAAACACAUAUCGGAUCGGUUGUACGAGUAAAGGACUUUACUGAAAAUGUCGCCAAGGAAGAUCUGCCGUCGGAGAAUGACCCAGUUCCAUCUUCGUGGCCAAGUCAGGGUGGGAUCGAGUUUGACAACGUUUCAGCAUCGUACGGGCCAUCGGACCUCGUGCUGCGGAAUGUGUCACUGUCAAUCAAACCUGGGGAGAAAGUCGGAAUCUGUGGAAGAACAGGAAGUGGUAAGACGUCGCUCAUGCUCAGUAUUUUCCGCAUGGUUGAGCUCAACGCCGGUACUAUCUCCAUCGACGGACUCGACAUCUCGACAAUCCCUCGACAAGAGAUUCGGUCGCGCCUGAAUGGUGUUUCGCAGGACGCGGUUUUCAUCAAAGGCAGCGUUCGUCUAAAUGCCGACCCAACGGGCGCCAGCUCCGAUCGGGCCAUCUGGGAUGCUCUGAAGAGCGUCCAGCUCUUGGCCGUAGUGCAGGAAAAGGGUGGUCUCUCGGCGGACGUGGACGACCUGCAUCUGUCACACGGGCAGAAGCAGCUCUUCUGCCUUGUGCGGGCGAUCCUCCAUCCGAGCAAAAUCCUUGUAUUGGACGAAGCCACCAGCAACGUCGACAACAAGACAGAUCAGACGAUGCAGCGGAUUAUCCGGGAGAAGUUUGCCAACCACACGAUUCUCGCAGUAGCGCACAAGUUGGACACGAUUCUUGAUUAUGACAAGGUCGUUGUGUUGGAUGCGGGUCAGGUCAUCGAGUGUGAGGAUCCGUACACGCUCUUGACGCGUGACUCGGCGUUCAGUAAGCUGUAUGCCAAUUCUCUGGCUUCCGAAGAGGAGCACUGA